AUGGACCGCCGCGACAAACGGGAGUUUGGGCGCAACGUCACAAACGCCCCCGUGGGGAAGCCGCCCGUUGCGGGGCCGCAGGGAAGCGACGCCGCUGGACGCGCCCGGCGGCAUCCGAAGCGGCCCGAGCGCGGCGAGGAAGACGAGGCUGCCGCCCGCCUCGCCGCGGCGGCGGGGGCAAAGCGGCGCUGCACGGAGGAGCGCGCGCGCUGCCGGCCGUCGCCCGGGCCGGGGACGCGGGAGUCGUCCGCCGCCGUGAGUCCCGCCCGCUGCGCGUCGGGGAGUGCGAGCAGCGUCGAGGCCUGCUUCUUCGACGACGACGACGCGGUGGCCCCGCCGUCCGCGUGUGGGGAGUUGCUUACCGCCGUGGAACAGUCCGACGCGGCGGUGAUGGCGGGGCUGCGCAGCGCAGGUGACGCCGCACCGCCCCUACCGCCGUCGGCGCCGCCUCCCUCGCCAGCUGCGGUCCCAAUGCUUUUUUGA